GGCACCAGCGACAGGGAAGGUCAGAGUCCACAGACUAACCCCUGCAGCCCACGGCUAAGAAGGGCCUCCAGUCCCAGGGAGUUUUAAAAUGCGGUUCGUGGAAGGACAUUUCUGAUCACUCCCUUUCAAGGACAUGAUCCAGCCCAAGGGAGAAAAAAAGCGCACUUUCUUCGAGGCCUUCCUCGCUACACAUAGGCAAUUCCACUGUCCAGCAGCAUCUGCCACACUCUUAUAGAAAUGCAGCCUCCGGAGCCUCCCUGCAGACCCUCUGAGUGAGAAGCUACAUCUUAAGGUCCCCCAGGACAUUCCUGGUGAUCUUAGAAGAGUCUCUACCAUGGAAUCCAUCUCUAUGAUGGGAAGCCCUAAGAGCCUGGAGACGUUUUUGCCUAACGGCAUCAAUGGUAUCAAAGAUGCAAGGAAAGUCACCGUGGGGGUGAUAGGAAGUGGGGAUUUUGCUAAGUCUCUGACCAUUCGGCUUAUUAGGUGUGGCUACCACGUGGUCAUAGGAAGCAGAAAUCCCAAGUUUGCGUCAGAAUUUUUUCCUCAUGUGGUAGACGUCACCCACCAUGAAGAUGCUUUAACAAAAACAAAUAUAAUAUUUGUGGCUAUCCAUAGAGAACAUUACACCUCCUUGUGGGACCUGAGACAUCUGCUUGUGGGCAAAAUCCUCAUUGAUGUGAGCAACAACAUGAGAGUAAACCAGUACCCAGAAUCCAAUGCCGAGUACCUGGCUUCACUGUUCCCGGAUUCCUUGAUUGUCAAGGGGUUUAAUGUGAUCUCAGCUUGGGCACUUCAGCUAGGUCCCAAGGAUGCCAGCCGCCAGGUUUAUAUAUGCAGCAACAAUAUCCAAGCUCGACAACAGGUUAUUGAGCUCGCCCGUCAGUUGAAUUUUAUUCCUGUUGACUUGGGAUCUUUAUCGUCAGCCAAGGAGAUUGAAAACUUACCCCUGCGGCUGUUUACUCUCUGGAGGGGGCCGGUGGUAGUAGCCAUAAGCUUGGCCACAUUUUUCUUCCUUUAUUCCUUUGUCAGAGAUGUGAUACAUCCGUAUGCCAGAAACCAGCAGAGUGACUUUUACAAGAUUCCCAUUGAGAUUGUGAACAAAACCUUGCCGAUCGUCGCCAUCACCCUGCUAUCCCUGGUGUACCUGGCUGGCCUCCUGGCAGCUGCGUAUCAGCUUUAUUAUGGCACUAAGUACCGUAGAUUUCCACCGUGGCUGGAUACUUGGCUACAGUGCAGGAAACAGCUGGGAUUGCUGAGCUUUUUCUUUGCAGUUGUCCACGUUGCCUACAGCCUCUGCUUACCAAUGAGGAGGUCGGAAAGAUACCUGUUCCUCAACAUGGCUUAUCAGCAGGUUCACGCCAAUAUUGAGAAUGCUUGGAACGAGGAGGAGGUUUGGAGGAUUGAGAUGUACAUCUCCUUUGGCAUCAUGAGCCUGGGCUUACUGUCCCUGCUGGCGGUCACUUCCAUCCCGUCAGUGAGCAACGCUUUGAACUGGAGAGAGUUCAGUUUCAUCCAGUCUACGCUCGGCUACGUCGCCCUGCUCAUCACGACCUUCCACGUGUUAAUUUACGGAUGGAAGCGGGCGUUUGCAGAAGAGUACUACCGCUUUUACACACCGCCAAACUUCGUCCUUGCCCUCGUUUUGCCCUCCAUUGUAAUUCUGGGUAAGAUGAUAUUACUCCUCCCAUGCAUAAGCCGAAAGCUAAAACGAAUUAAAAGGGGCUGGGAAAAGAGCCAGUUUCUAGAUGAAGGCAUGGGAGGAGCGGUUCCUCAUCUGUCCCCAGAGAGGGUCACAGUGAUGUGAUGACAAGAGGUGCUCACAGAAGCCACACACACUUCCAUCCAUGCCAUUACUUUAGGCCCUCGCCUUGGUCCCUGUCAGCAGGCUGUCGAUUGGCGGCCCUGCAGGCCCUGUAGCCUGAAACCUGCAGUGAGAUUUCAGCGGAAGGAGAGAUUGGAUUCUCUUCAAGUUAAUUUUUAUAAAUGUCAUGUUUUUCCAACAUGCAAUUUUGUAGUCCACAUCUAUUGUUACAAUCUAGAAUUUUCCUUUGUGCAAUUCUAACACUGUUGUUCUUUUAACCAUAUUGCAUAGUUGGGCACAAAUAUUUGUACUUAAUAAUACAGAUGAGAUAUAAUGUUUAGAACACUUGGCAGUACAGCAGAAUUAGAAGCUUUUAACAUUACUCAGUGGAUAUGCUCUUUCCCCGAGGCUAAAGAUUUUAAUUACUAUCCAAUUUAAGGAGCAGAAAUGCAUAAUCAUAUAUUAUUGAGAAGGGGCACAUCACAUUAGCAUCUAGGGUACUCAGGAGAAAUCUUAGGCUCUCAUUAAAAAUGGGACGGGAAGGAUGUCGUCCAUUAUACACAGCAGUGUGAGUAUGUGAGCACGAAUUAAAGACAAAUGAAAAAUUGUAUUUAGCGUGCACUGGAGACACAACAUACCAAUGCAUAACUCACGGGAGCUUUGGUUUCUGUCACAUUACAGAGCUGUUCCAUUUUCCUGUUUAUGUCAAUCAGGGGAAGGAUCUAUCCACACUUGACCUCCCAAGCUGGUACUCCGAAUAUAGUACCAACCCCAGGAAUUGUGGACCUGUCCUUAAUUACAAUGAAAGUAAUUGUCACACGUCAGUCUGUAUUUGUUACUUUGGCAAGUCACCACCCUUUCUGUGUGGGAUUUUAUCGAUAUCCACUGAGGGAGUAUGAAAUGGUUCUAAACGUUUGCCCUAUUUAAUACUUACAACAAACCCAUAAAAUAGUUAUCUUCAUUUCCCAUAUGGAAAACUGAAAGACAAGAAUUAAAUUUGGCUGAGGUCACACAGUGAGCAGCCAUCCUAGGGAGUCCUCUGUCAGGACCCACGGCUUUAUAAACAUCAGUAUACACAACCCCCACCUCAUCUCCAUGUACCACAUUCUCGAUGCCGGCCUCGAUGGUUCCUUUCCUGUAUAGUCAUUGGCAGUCUUUGGAAUAUGUCAGGUGCAUCAAAGGAUGUCUAAAAGUAUAUCAGUCAUAAUUUUAUUAUUACUUGUGGGUAGUCCAUAGUUGCUUGGAAACCCAUAGUAGCACAAAGCCUCCCCGUGCAGUGCAGGACCGAGCAGGGAGAAGGGUCAUAACAGUGUGGAUGAACUAUUGAGAUCCUGCAGCUCUUUAACAUUUCCCAUAAGGUGGCCAUGUCCUUUCUCCUUCUGAGAAGCCUCCCUCCCUUUACUGUUGUUCAUUAGGAAGCUGUUUUUAAGCACAAAGGAUAUUAGGACAAGUGGUUAAUUAUAAAUCUAUAUGAUUAUGUGUCCCUCUUCCUUGUAAACUGCAUUUUGUUCAAACAUUAGGAUAUACUUACUACAUUUUCUCCAUCUGUUCCUUAUUUAUUAUAGUAAAAGUUCUAGACAAGAUGUAAUUGUGUGUAUUCUUCCUAAAAUUGUAUCGCCUCUAAAGUUACCUACUGACUUGAAUCCAACCAUCAGAAAUAAAAGGACUCUUAUUUUUGUGGAACCUAUCUUUCCCACCAGUGUCUGUUUUCCUAUCCUUGCACCAUUGGCCUGAGAAAUAGCCCACUACUCUUUGAAGUUGUCUUCUUGGCCAAAUGUAAUAUUGAAUACCUCAUCUUCAUUAUAUUAAUCAUAAUCAAUUUUUGUAGGGAUUCAGUACAUUCAUGACUUUUAGCAGUAAAUACCAACAAGCUGAGUGUGGUGGCACAUGCCUUUAGUCUCAGCACUCAGGAGGCAGAUGCAGGCAGUUCUUUGUGAGUUAGAGAUGAGCCUGGUCCACACUGUGAGUUCCAGGCCAUCGUCGAGAGACACUGUCUAAGUACAUACAUUCACGCAUACAUACAUACAUACAUACAUACAUACAUACAUACAUAUGCAGUGAGACACUG